AUGGUCUCCACCAAGCCCAACAUUCUCUUUGUUCUCUCCUCCCAUACGGCAGGGUGGUAUCUUCCCGAGUUCACGCAUCCAUAUCAAGUUCUCUCACCGCACGCCGAGGUAACCAUAGCCUCUCCAGAGGGCACAUCGACGGUUGAUCCUAUUUCAGUAAAGCUCUUCAAAGAUGAUGCAUAUUCUACUGAAAAGCUCUCCUCUAUGAUAGGACGCGCACAGGACUUCGAUGUUAUCUUCAUCGUCGGUGGAUUUGGACCGAUGUACGAUCUGGCCACGGACGUUACCUCUAUCCAACUGCUACGCGAGUUCCAUGAUGCUGACCGCAUUAUCGUCGCUCUAUGUCAUGGCUCGGCUGCCCUGGUCAAUGUCACACUGGGUGACGGAUCACCAAUCCUCGCUGGUCAUCGCGUAACGGGGUUCAGCAAUACCGAGGAGGAGCAGGCAUAUAGCAAUGACAUAGUUCCUCCAGGCAUGCCCUUCAGUCUCGAAGAUGCUCUCAACAAGGCUAGUGACGGGAAGUAUGAGAAGUCUAGCGAGGCUUGGAGCCUACAGGUUAUCAUGGAGCCAUCCCGAAAAUUACUAUUUGGACAGAAUCCUGCCAGUGCUCAUCCAUUAGCAGAAAAGUUACUAGAAGUCUUGACUCAUUAG